GCAAUCACAAUGGCGACGCCUACACCCUCCACCAACACGCCGCAACGGCACCUCCCCGCAUUCUCGUCGCCCGCCCCACGCAGCGUGCCUCACACAGGCGCGACCACCGGCAUGAUGAACUACGACUCGCCAGCGAUGCUCAAUAUGCUGAAUGAGGGAGGGGGAGCUCUAGGAGGCGUGCCAAUGGGAGGUGUAAACAUGGACAUCUCGUUGUCGCAGUUAGGCAUACCGAGCGCAAGCGCAAUGGGGCGUGCAGAUGAAGCUGAGAGGACCAGAAGGCUGCACAACAUCAUCGACACUCUGAAGCAGAAGCCUGGGAGAGUCAGUGAGGAGAACGUGCUUGUGCUCUGCACGCGGCUCGGUAUACACUACGAGAAGGAAGGAGACAAUGGCUAUAUUCUCCCCGUUGGCGAAUCGAAUCUUCUGGAGAUCUACUUCCGUGGUGACGAAGUUGAGAAGAUUGAGCUGCAGGGUGGCUUCGAUAUCCACAACGAUAGCAUAGGCUUCGCCGAAACCGGCACGAAGGUCCUCACCCGGAAUUUACAGCCUCUCCCCGGUCAGAGCAAGAUGAACGUCACACUCGAGCGGUUCGCGGAGAAUCUGGAGAAGCUUGUGACCUUGGACAAGCUGGGAUCACCGCAGAAUGGAGGAGUCAGUUGCUACAAUGCCAUUGCAGGUGUAUACACAAGCUUACGGAAGCUAUUCGAGCAUGAAAAAAAGAUGGCACUUACAGUCCUGGAGGAGAGCACUCCAAACCGAUCUCAUAGGGCGGAGAGGGAAGUGCUGUGCAAGAAGAGUGGUCGACCAAGGCCGAAUACUGGAGAUCGCUUGGGGCUCAACCUAGAGUAUUGGAUGGACAGGCGACACAUCAUACCGAAACCGCGAACAAAGGCGACAAGUUCUGAGAGGGGCAAGGAGAAGAUGGAUGUUGACUCGCAGGAGCAGAGCGAGUAUCCGGAGGACGAUGACGAUAUGAAGAUCAACAGAGUAUACUCGCUGACGCUCGAAUGCGAACCCUCUCCUUCGGCACUCUACACGCCCAUCCGUAUAUCGGAUGACUGGAUCAGCGAUGCAAUAGAGAGACCUACGGAUGCGAACGAUGCGAACGCUCUUAACAAUAUCCUUCUCAAUACACCAUCGAUAGACUGGCAAGAACCCAAGCCAACAUUUUUGGAGCCACCAGCAUCGACAGGUGAUGAUGAUGCAAUGAACCUCGAUGCUGCUCCUGGUCGUUUACCAAACAUACGCUUCGUCGCCAAGUUCAACCCACCGCUUGUUGUUCCCCUCACCACCUACAUAUCACUGUACCAAUCUGUUGGCGUCGAGCCACCGCAGGAUUUCCUCGCAACCACAUUCGUGGGCCUAGCAUUACGACCUAACGAGCUUGAUCCUGGCAUGACUGGCACAGCUGGCGCCACGACACAUGAGAUCCGCAGCACAAGAUCUGCUCUAGUACGCGACGAGGACGGGAAUGAGGGAGACAGAACGCACAAUCUAAGUCUGUACAUCCCUAAGAUGGAGUACAGCAGAAGACUAGAAAGCCUACCCUUCGCGCACCCGAAGCAGUUAGUCGAGAUCCUCCCAAUCCUCCGCCAAUACGCCUUCACAACCUCGCUCCUCCAGAACUCCUUCCUCAAGAUGGCAGAGCAAAAGAAGACCCCACAACUCCUAACACCACCUAUCAUCCGAAACGACAACCCUUCAGAGUCACCUCUCCAACUCGACAUCAAUCUCUCCUACACGCCACCCGCCCCGCGCCUUACCCUCCGCAUCCCCCAUCCAUCAUCAACACUAUCCUCUGACCCGAAAACAACAGCAGCACCCAGCGCUGCAACACCGGCUUCUAUCUCUGAUCUGCUGUCGGGCCUGCUCUCCGACACGGACACUGCGGGGCCCACUGUUUCACACGCCUCACUCAACGUCACGCUGGAUGUGCAUGCCAAUGGGAAGCUUAUUGUGAGCGAGCAGAAUGUUACUGAAGGGAGGACAGUUGGGGAGGAGGACCUGGAUAAGGUGCAGGAGGUGGAGGCGAGGAUCAAGAGGGUGGGAAAGGCGCUAGAGGUUUGUGGGGAUUUGGGAAUUUGGGGGGAGUGGUUGAGGAGGGAGGCUUCGAGACAG